GGCGGGGAUGCUGCCUGGAAGGAUCAUUUAUAUGACGGUGCUGGAAGCAGUGAAGGCGAACACGCUUAAAGGGAUUAACGGCGUAACGGAGCUGCCUUUAGAGGGGCAUUUGGAAGGUGCUAGCAGCAGCAGCAGUAGUAGCAGCAAUGGUAGCAGUAAGAGCAGUGGUGCUAGCAGCAGCAGUAGCAGCAGUAGCAAUGACAGCAGCACGAGCAGCGAUGGCAGCAGCAGCAGUGGGACGGGCGGCACGGGGCGGUGGCUGCAUUUGUCUGAUACGGCAGCAGCUGGGCUGGCCAGCGCAGUGGGCGGCAUGUGCGCGUCUCUGGCCACCCAAGCCGUGGUUGUGCCCGUUGAUGUGAUCAGCUCCCGUCUUGUGGCCCAACAGGGGGACCUACCCUCCAACCACGCCACCAGGCAAGCAGCACCACCACCGUUACGAGCAGCAGCAGCAGCAGCACCACCACCACCACCCCCACCAGCAGCAGCAGCAGCAGCGGCAGGAGCGGUGCGGUACACAGGGGGGCUCCACGCACUAGUGACCAUCCUGAAAACAGAGGGCCCAAGGGGGCUGUACCGCGGGUUUGGGCUGUCUGUGAUGACGUAUGCGCCCUCGGGGUUCAUCUGGUGGGGCACGUAUGGCGCCGCUCAAAGGUUCUUCUGGAGCACAUACGACCGUUACGUGCAUGCAGCGGGCAGCACCACAGCGCCCCCUCUGGGUCUGGUGGUGGGCGUGCAGGUGGCAGGGGGCGUGUGUGCGGGGCUGGCGUCUGCGCUCGCCACCACGCCUCUUGACACGGUCAAGACGCGCAUCCAGGUGGGGCGCAAGACAGGGUCAGAAGCGUCUGUAUCGGCGGUGGUGCGGCAGCUAGUGGCACAGGACGGCAUGAGGGGGCUGUACCGGGGGUUUGCCCCUCGCUGUGCCAGCACCAUGCUGUGGGGCACCGCCAUGGUGUCCACCUAUGAGUACCUCAAGCGCCUGUGUGCCAAGGAUAUCUCGACAGGCUCGUAUGUUUCUCGAGAGCAAGGGGAGCACACGUGAUCCCGAGGCAUCCGAGAGCCAAGGAGGCGAGGAGAGCAAGGAGCCAAGGAGCCAAGGAGGCGAGGAGAGCAAGGAGCCAAGGAGCCAAGGAGGCGAGGAGGAGAGGGGGUUUUGAGAGCAAAUGGCAACGCCUGCAUGGAGACUGGCCGCUUCCAUGUCGUGCUCCGUGCCUCCUUCACUCCUGUGCGGUGCCGUGCGGUGGCGUGCAGUGCGGUUGAUGCGUAACUUUAUUAGAACUGUAGGUAUUAUUAUAUAUUCAGAAUAGCAGCUGGUUUUCUUAGAUAUGCAAAAAAGGCUGGAUUUGCGCUGCCAAUAAAUGCUGAACUCCGUGGAUGAUUAUAU